AUGGGGAAGGCGGCGCUCGAGACAGGGUUGGGGGGCGUCGCACCCCUGGCGUCGGCGUCGGCGUCGGCAUUGGCAUCAGGGAGGAUGAGUUGUUGGACUGCGGGGUGGAGAAGAAAGAAGCAGGGGCAUCUGCGGUCAUUUGUCAUAGCUUGGAUGAUUGAUUCAAGUUCUUUAGCACUUGUUUUUAUACCAGAGCAGCAUAGGUUUGUCAUGAUAACUUCUAUCAAACUGCACCAGGAUGAUUGGCAUGUUGGUUUUGUCUAUGAAAGAAAUGGUGUUCCUAUUGUCGCUCAUGCAUGUGUACUGCUAGAUGCCUACAAAUAUCAAAGGCAGGGAGAACUGAAAGCAAACUCCUACUGGUUGUACAUUGUACCGUGGGGAAUCAACAAGGCGUCUCUGAAAAUUUUCCUUUAUUUGGUUUCGGUUGUAAAGCGCGUGGGGCGGUGGCUCGCGAGGCGGCGGGCAUCCGGCUGGAUCUGGCAUGGGCAGCGACGCCCGGCGCGCGGCGCUGACUCCGGCCGGCGAUGCGCGGGUCUGCGGCCAGCCGGCGGCGCGCGGGGGUCCGGCACGAGCAGGCACGUUCAGGCGUCCUCAUCCGCGGCCGGCGGCGGCGGGACCCCCGACCCGCAGCACAUCGUCUCCAGCCUCGAUGGGACGCGGAAGCCGGACAAGGACAUUCUGGAGCACGAUUGGAAGCCGCAGGUGGAGCUGCGGCUGCUCGUGCUGAGGGACGAGCUCGAGGAGCUGGGGUAUUUGGAGGCCGAGAUCGAUUUGCGCGCCGAGGAGGAGCGCAAGGCCGCCGAUACCGAGGCGGGGGCGGGUGAAGGCUGGCCUCGUGCCCAGGGCGAAGGGUAUGAUGCUCGUUGUAAUGCUUUUCAAGCUGCCAGGACAAGAAGAAAGCCGUAUGAUGAUUAUCUUUGCAUCGGAGGCAACUGGGUGUGCGGCCAGCUCAAGCUCUUGCUCAUGGCAGCGUUGGGCGGACCGAGGAGAAUGCUAACACUUGCAUCUCGCUAUUCCUGGGAUUCCUCCGCAAGCACCUUCUCUGUGACUUUGCCGGCACAUAGGGUAUCAUCUCGGGACACGGGAAAGACUAUAGUUGAUGCUUCAUUAGGCGAGAUAAUGACCACAAGCGAGAGUAUAACUUGGGCUUUUGGAUGAGGGUGAGAAGUGGUUAAAACCUGAGUACAGAAUCAGAGAAUCAGAGUUCAACAGCAAGUGAGAAAAUGGAUGACCAGCAAAGAGACUUGAAGCUUCUGAAGCAGCAAGGGAGAAUCAAAGCAGAGAGAUUGAAAGUUUGAAGAAGCAGGGGGAGUCUUUUUAAUUGGCUGAGUCCAAGAGUUGUCUUGGCUGUUCAGUGAAUCUGUUAUCGAGUGACUUGUCUUUUUUUGUAUUUGGGCUGUUUAUGAAGUGACUUGACAAGUGAUGUUGGGUUGUGAUAUGCAUAUGAAUCUGGUAGUUUUUUGGAUACUUGAUGUCGGCUUGUAAUACCCCAAUUUGCUUGGGAAAAAAGGUUAUGUUGUUGUUGUUGUUGUUAUUGUUGUUGUUGUGAUGUCGGCUUGUAAUAAAUAUUUUGUGAAGUGAUAUGCUGUUUUGAAUGAAUAUGUUGUUUUGAAGUGAUCUUAA